GCUUGUGGAUAGAUGCGGCAGCGUUGCCAAAGUGACCGUCUGUGCGUGCAGAAAUGCAACUUUAUAUAUCGAAUUUCACAGCAAUUCAGCCUGGAUCAGCCCUAAGCCGUGUGGUUUAAGUCCCCAAUUUAGCGUCCGAGCCCUUCUCGACUGGUGCCGAGUGUUUCUUUUAGUGGCUCCGAAAUUUUCGAAAUUUCGAUUGCAGCAGGGCUCCGUGGGCGUGUUUGGCUGGUCGCACACCUACUGAACGAGAAUCAUGACGUUCCGUGUCACUGAGACCUAAAAUGUACAAAAAGUUGUUCUCGCCGGAUCGCUAGACGAACAGUAACAUGUUAAUUCUCUUAAUUUGACUUGUUGCGGCGCCGACUUGACGAAAUCUGCAGCUUUCCUCGAUGAUGUGCUUUCCGCAACGACGAGUUUGAUGUGUCCCACAGGAUUGAUUGAACCAGAUUCGGCCAGUUUGGCGAUGAGGACUUGAUUGCGGCGGGACGAUGGACACCUUGCAAGUCGCCUCCACUCACUCGAGUUCCAAAUCUUCGAGCCGGAGCGCGUCCCCGUCCCGACCCCUCUUGUCCCCCGUGCAGCCCCAGCACUCCUCCAGCUCCGUCUCACCCUCGAUAUCGCCCUCACCCACCGUCCUCGCCGUCUCACCGUCUCUAAAUAAACCGUUUGUGCGUCCCAAUCAGCCGCACACGACGGUUCAGAAACACAGCACUGACUCGAAAAUGCAUGCCGCUUCUACGCCCAGCAGCAAGGAUGCCGGCCACAAGUCAGCCAGUCAGACUCCUCAGACGGGACCGCCUCGCAGGGACACGGCGUCCAACAUCAUCUACUCCACACCGUCGGCCCGCACGGUCGCCCUGCAUGCCACCAGCGUCGGCUCGCAAGAAGCCAUUGGUCUGGGCGAUGACGAAGUCGAUUCUCAGUUGACUCCUGUAGCUGGCGCCGCCAACGGGUCAGCGGAAAUAUUGGGCACCGGUGGCAGCGACGAAAUUAGUGCAACGCCUGAUCUUCAGAAGGCAAAGAACGCCAUUACCAGGUUAACAGACAAAAUCAUGCGCAUCAAAGAUCAAAUUACAGAGGAGCAAAAUACUAGAGAUGAUAACGUAAACGAGUACCUGAGAUUAUCUAUGAGUGCAGACAAACAGCAGCUAAAUAGAAUCAAAGGCAUGUUUGAGAAAAAGAACCAAAAAUCGGCGCAAGUGAUAGCUGUGCUGCAGCGCAAAUUGGAGGGAUACAACCGAAAACUGCGAGACACGGAGAACAUGGUGGCCAUGGCGAGCCAAGCAGGCUCCAGUCGAGGCUCAGACAGUUCAUCUUCUCAUCACCACCACCGACAACCUAGGGAAGUCCUCAGAGACAUGGGGCAAGGACUGAAAACUGUCAUGUCCAAACCACGGGAGUUCGCACACCUGAUAAAAAACAAAUUUGGUAGUGCCGACAACAUAAACUCCAUAGGGAAAUCAGCGUUUUACACAGGCAUCGACGAGUCUGGGGGGAGCGAAGAAGACCAAAACUCACAGCAGAGCCAGCGCAUCCACCACGGGUCUGCCACGCUGCCGCCGAACGCUUCAUCGCACCAACACUCGAGUGGCUCUGCUGGAGCGCGGUUUCCUCACGGCUCUGAAGAAGGAGCCUCUGAAUGUUCCUCAGCCACAAGUGAAUCUCUGCCUCCACCACCUCACCAAAAUGCAUCCAACGUGGGAGACGCUGGACCGACUCCUCAACAGACGCACCAUGUAACUAGUCCGAGACACCAGCAUUCCGAAUCUGCCGGAUCUAUAGAUUUAGGAAGAAUUUUAGAAGAAGUUCACGCCCUCAGAGAUGAACUUGGCACACUACGAGCAGACUUUGAUGCACUUAAGAGUAACGUCCUUGCUGAACAGCAGUUUACAAGCCAAUCUUUAUUAGAUGAACGGUUUCGAGUGGAGCGUCUUGAAGAGCAGCUCAACGACCUGACUGAGCUCCACCAGACUGAGGUGGAGAACCUCAAAACGCAGGUGGCAGAUUCAGAGGAGAAGGUGCAGUACCAAAGUGAAGAGAGACUAAGAGAUAUUCACGAGAUACUCGAGGCUUGUCAAACCAAGAUAUCAAAAAUGGAGCAUCAACAGCACCAGCACCAACAGUAUGUCACCCUGGAGGGCAUCAACAAUUCCAACGCGCGGGCUGUUGUCGUCAAAUUGAUCAACGUUGUCCUCACGGUUCUGCAGGUUGUGCUGUUACUUGUAGCUACAACGGCAGGAAUCGUCAUGCCAUUCCUCAAAACAAGGCUCCGUGUCCUUUCAACAGUUUUACUCAUCGGAGGGGUGGUGUUUGUAAUUAAACAGUGGCCAGAAGUGAGAGACGUUGGCGAUCACAUUAUGCGACACAUUAAGCAUGCUGUUACUGGAAAAUAGGAAAGCAAAAGUGAUAAUUCAACACUCAGUGAGUGAUCGAAUAUAUUAUACUUAGUAACUACAGAUUCCUGCAAGCUAGCAAAACUUAAACAAACAGGGCUGCAAUGAUUGGAAACAAAUUUUAUUUGUGUGGCCUCAAAUUAGUUAUUCGAAUGUCCGGAAAUUCUACUAAUGGUCGAUCAUUUUGCUUUUGUCUUCUUGCAGCGUCAUUUAACUUUACAAAUUGGAAUAAUGAUUCCAAAAAUUUUUAUCACUCAUUGAGGCAUUUUUAGAUUUAUUAGUUUUGAUUUCACUUGUUAAUUGAUUGCAUUUUAAACAUUCAUUUUAAAUUUCAAUAUCAACAGGCUACAUACUCAGAAAUUUAAAGUUUCUUUUUUGUUAAUAAUUUAUUGAACUAACUAUUAGUUUUUUUAAACGGCAACAUCACAGAAGCUUACGUUUGAAAUGAAUGCAAAAUGUUACUUGAUGGUGAUCCACAGCAUUCCAGGUUUACAUGAGUGGCGCGACUUGAAGUAUUUUUAUUUAAUCUCACAGUAUCGAGCUGCUUCAUUGCUAUCAACACCAUCAUCUGUUUUUACUUUGGCUAGAAAAUGGACAAAAAGAAGUGUUUCAUGUGUCAUCAAAAAUACAUUCAACACUUUCACGAAUACUACCAAUACUGUAAGUGACGCAGUCCCCCGUAAAAUAUUUUUGUUCCCAAGAGUUUGAAAGAAUGUACAAUGAAGUGAUUUGCUUUGCACAAUGUGAUUUGAUUCGCAUAAAUUUUUAGAGAAGCUUCAGCUUGCGUAUUUAACCUACCAGACACACAUGAAAACUUAUAUCCAUCCUCAUGUAUUGAAAAUAUAACUGGAGUCUGAAAAUGAGCAAAUUAGUGUGAUAAUUUUAGGAUUACAUUGAAAAAAGUUACAAUUAUUAUGUGCAGUGCUCUAGAAAUGGCAGUAGAGAAACACAAGUUUUAUCUGGUUAUAGCCUUACGACGCUUUUAAAAUGGAUAAUUAAACCAAGCUCUCUAUAAACGAAUAUGUAGUGUCAAUUAAUCCCGAAAGAAGGAGGAACAUGACAGUGCGGCUUUGAACGACCAUUCGUAAUAGUGUAUAUUAUUUUACGAAUUUCAGCUUUGUACAUAUUUUGGGUGAGGUUAGCACACACGUGGCAGGACAUGUCAAGGCACCUAAAGUUCGUUCGGUACGCUUGAUCUGAACAAAUGAAAAUCCCGCAGAAAAUUAUCAUGUAAUUUUUGAUGUUAGAAUUUUGAAGGAAGCUAUGCUUUUCACUGUAUCGGGCUCUAGUUGGCAGAACACAUUUUCUACCACAAUCUCGUAAUCCCUCUUUCAACUAUCUACCUUAAGAAUUUCCAGUGUAAUAUUUCAAGUCGAAUGAAUAAAAAAAUUGUGUUUUUAUUACAUAGAUUGUGCUCACUCUUGCCUCUUGCUGCCAUUUUUGGAUGGAAUUUUAACUAUUAUGUGAUUCUUAUAUUAUAUACCGCAUGUGUGUAAAUAAUUGCAAAGCUAUUAUUGUAAUGGAGAAGGGAGAACCCUAGUGCACAUUCGAACGAAAGAAAAAAGUCUGCACUGUGGCACCGGCGUCACGUACAUAUGUCAAAUUUAUUUAUUUUCGACAGCCAAAAAACAAGUGAAGCUGCUGCCACAGUGCGAAUACACCUUGGAAGGCGUGAACCUUGUGUGUUCCUUUACGUUUGCUCACUUUUUUGGAUUUCAUUCUGCUGAAACGCGCCCCCAGAAGUUGUGAAUGAUUUUUAUAGUGCUGUUCUGCAACUAGAGAUAUAUUCAACGACUGAAAAACCAAUAAUAUUGUAUUUAAAAGUAAGUGAGAAUCGAGAUGACGGUGGAUUGGUGAUUUCACAAAGGCCAGAUAGACGAGAAAGAAUUGUGGAGAAUAGAAAUCCAUAACUGUCCUACUUAGCCAAAGGUUUUGCAAGUGCGAGUUUCUGUUUUAUGCAGUGUUUGACCCACACUCGGAAAAUAAUAUGUCGAAUCAGAUGAACCGCUGGGUGUGAUCACCAAAUUGGUGAAAAUCUCAGUCGUUACUUAAAUACAUACAUAGCGUUCCCAUCAUUAAAUGAAAAUAUGUAAAUACACUUCGAUUUGUCGUUAAGAAAA